CUGACAGAUGCGUCAAUUGUGUAGGAUAAGGCCAUUCUAUCGAUCCCAUCUUCCGUUAACACAGCAACCAACAUGGCGACAACGAGGCUUUGAAACUAGCAGUCGAUCAGAAAACUCCCAAGAAUGUUUGGCCCGAGGCUGUACUACGUGAUAUCCUGCUUUCCCCUCUUUCAUGCCUGGUCAUUAAGCCAUGUCCACCUGAAUCUCCGCGACAAUGGUCACUCUGGUCACUCGGGGCUCUUCAAUCACGAUUCCCGACAUGGAGGGAUCAAAAUGGGGGUUCCAGAUGAAUUCUGUGACAACGGAAAGAAUGACCUGAGCGUGGAUUGGAAUAUGAAAGAUCAGUCGCUGUAUAGCUGUACAGAAAUAUUGGUGGUGCCUCUAUCACCAAAAACAAGGAGCAAAGUCUAUUGCACAGAUGAAGAAGACAUGCCCAUACAUGUCUGCAUGAAUGAAACAAUAACAUAUCGUGACACUAUUCCUUUAAGUGGUCGUCACCGCCCUCUGUGGCCUGUUUACGGCGAAUACCUCUACCUUCCUCCACAAAGAUGGGUACAUUCAUUAGAGCAUGGUGCUGUGGUCAUGCUCUAUCACCCCUGCGCUAAAAAGGAGGAGGUGGAUAAGCUAAAAGCCAUCGUAGAGGGUUGUUUACGACGUCACGUCAUAACACCUUAUAAAAGCCUUCCUCUUGCAGAGCCAUUUGCCCUCGUGACUUAUAAAUGUCGACUUACGAUGAACUAUGUAGACGAAGACGCCGUGGUUAGAUUUAUUAAAGAACACGCACUACAUGCCCCAGAGAAUGAAGUUUGGGUAGAUGGCGAUUAUUCCUUUGGACUGUUAAAGCCCAGUAAGACGCUCCCAAGAAGUGGAGAGAAAGAUACUUCUCUUUGUCCUUCACUGUUCGGAAACAUACAGACGAUCGACAGACGCUGACACCGUGUGGUCACGUGUCAUUGGUGGGAAAUAGAUUGGCAUAGUGAUAUAUUUUAUUAAAUGGUGAUUUUCAA